AUGACUAAAGACGAAAUUAAAGAUAGAAAGAGAAAAGUUGAAGAUGAAGAAAUAAUUGAAAAGAAGAAACAUAAGAAGGAUAAAAAAGAUAAGAAACAUAAAAAGGAUAAAAAGGAUAAAAAGGAAAAGAAACACAAGAAGGAAUCGAAACCUGAUACCGAAGUUGAAACUGAAAAGGAACCCACCAUCUCAAAAGACCAAGAUUCUUCUUAUAUUGAAAAUGAAGAAUUAUCUAUUAUUCCUCAAUCUGAAGUAGAUGAAUUUUAUAAAGAAAAUGAAGUAUCAGUUAAAGAUCCAUCUGAUUUGAAUUUACGUCCCUUAUUAUCAUUCAAUCAUGUUUCAUUCGAUGAGAGAAUUCAAGAUGAAAUCGCUAAAUUCCCUAAACCAACUCCAAUUCAAGCUGUCUCAUGGCCAUAUUUGUUAUCUGGUAAAGAUGUAAUUGGUGUAGCAGAAACUGGGUCAGGUAAGACUUUCGCAUUCGGUGUUCCAGCUAUUGAUUAUUUAGUUAAAACUAAUCAAAGCAAUAACAAAAAAAAUAGUGGUGGUAUUCAAGUCUUAGUCAUUUCUCCAACUAGAGAAUUGGCAUCUCAAAUUUAUGAUAAUCUAAUUAUUUUAACGGAAAAAGUUGGAUUACAAUGUUGUUGUGUUUAUGGUGGUGUUCCAAAGGAAGCUCAAAGAAUUCAAUUGAAAAAAUCUCAAGUUGUAGUCGCUACCCCAGGUAGAUUAUUAGAUUUAAUUCAAGAAGGAUCAGUCAAUUUAUCUGCAGUUAAAUACUUAGUCUUAGAUGAGGCUGAUAGAAUGUUAGAAAAGGGAUUCGAAGAAGAUAUUAAAAAUAUUAUUAGAGAAACUUCACCAAAGGGAAGGCAAACUUUAAUGUUUACAGCUACUUGGCCAAAGGAAGUUCGUGAAUUGGCUUCAUCAUUCAUGAACGAGCCUGUGAAAGUUUCCAUUGGUAAUAGAGAUGAACUAACCGCUAAUAAAAGAAUUACACAAAUCGUGGAAGUCAUUGACCCUCAAAGAAAGGAUAGAAAAUUGUUAGAUUUAUUAAAGAAAUAUCAUUCCGGUCCAACGAAAAAUGAUAAAGUUUUAAUAUUCGCGUUAUAUAAGAAGGAAGCAGCUCGUGUUGAAAGAAAUUUGAAAUAUAAUGGUUAUGAAGUCGCUGCCAUUCAUGGUGAUUUAUCUCAAGAACAAAGAACUCGUGCAUUAGGUGAAUUUAAGGCAGGUAAAACUAAUUUAUUAUUAGCCACCGAUGUUGCUGCAAGAGGUUUAGAUAUUCCCAAUGUUAAGACUGUUAUUAAUUUAACAUUCCCAUUGACUGUGGAAGAUUAUGUCCAUAGAAUUGGUAGAACAGGUAGAGCCGGUCAAACAGGUACUGCUCAUACUUUAUUCACAGAACAUGAGAAACAUCUUGCUGGUGGUCUAGUAAAUGUUCUAAAUGGUGCUAAUCAACCAGUACCUGAAGAUUUAAUUAAAUUUGGUACCCAUACUAAGAAGAAAGAGCAUGGAGCUUACGGUGCAUUUUAUAAAGAUGUUGAUAUGAGUAAGAAACCAAAAAAGAUCACUUUUGAUUAA